AUGGAAGACCAAAUUAGAGCAGAAUUCAGGAAGAACAACUUCGUUCUAGUUGAAGAAGAAGAAAUUGUUCAGAAAUGUUUGACGUUUUGUAUAAAUUACAAUCUCAGUCCAUCGGACCUUGUUUCGAGCUGGGAUCUGUAUUCUAUCAACAGGCAACUAGAACUAAUAGUAUCCGAUGCUCAUAUGGAUGCAUUCCGACAACAACUACAAAUUGAACAGAAACAAGCUAUUAUUGAGAAGGAACAAGGGCUACAUACGUACACUGAUGUCACCAUGGAGUUUAAUGAUGAGCAUGAAGAUGCUAAAGAGAUUGUCCCUACGUCUCCAGCAGGACAAAAUGAUGUACAUCUUGACUCUUUUGAUGCAACGCCUAUAAUGAAUGGGAGCAUGCAUAAGUUGGGGAAACCUUUAGAACUCGUGACACCCUUUGGGCAACGGAAGGACAAGUUUGUGGUACACUCCACUCUUAAUAGCAUACCAGUAGUUAAUGAUAUAAAAAAGGAACAGGGUAAAGAGAAUUCAGAUGAUGAUGUGAUUAAGAGGGUACACCCCAGCCAAAGGUGUUCCCUUGAAAUUCUCAGUUCCCAACCUGCACCAGGCUGCAGGUACAUGUAUGACAGGAUAGAAGACAAGUUCAAUUGUCUUGAAGAUAGAAUCAUGAAAUAUUCAAAAGCCCUUGUUGCAUCUCAGCUUUAUGAGGAACCUGUGGAUCCUUCUGUUGCUUCACAAAAAAGUAUUUUUGCUGUUGGCAUGAUUUGCUGUGAAGAAGAAGGCCGUUUAAAGGAAAAACCAAUAAUGCUCCAAAGCAGCGUUGAGCACUCUGGAGGACAACGGGUGCGUCUUGACUUGCAAAAAUUGGACCAAUUUUCUCUUUUCCCAGGCCAGGUUGUAGGCGUUGAAGGACAUAAUCCAAGUGGACACUAUCUGAUUGCAACAAAAAUCGUUGAUUAUGUACCCCUAUCAGUUUCUGUUGAUGCUGAUACUUUUCGUCAAACAAAAAGACAAGCUGUGGACCACGAUAACCAGCCUGUUGAUCCAUCAGAUAUACCAUCAGAUCUAUCAUUGAUUAUUGCUUCGGGUCCUUUUACCACAACUGAUAACUUAUUCUUUGAGCCUCUAUCUGAGCUUCUAGCAUAUGCACAAAGAACGCAGCCUCAGUUGCUUGUACUGUUAGGGCCGUUUAUUGAUUCUGAACACCCUGAGAUCAAAAAAGGAACUCUAAACAGGACUUAUGAUGAAUUAUUCCGGCUUGAAGUUCUUAGAAGGCUUCAAGAUUAUGUGGAAUAUAUGGGUUCUGCUGCACGUGUGAUUCUUGUGCCAUCCAUACGUGAUGCGCACCAUGACUAUGUAUUUCCUCAGCCUGCUUUUGACAUCAAUCUAGCUGAUCUAAGUCAUCAGAUUACUUGCAUUACAAAUCCAGGAAUUAUCUCAGCAAAUAAGGUGAAGGUAGGGUGCUGCAGUGUGGACGUCCUCAAACAGCUUAGUACGGAUGUGGUCUCACGGGGGAUCAAAAAUCGCAUGACGACACUAACGAACCAUCUCUUGAGCCAACGCAGUUUCUAUCCUUUAUAUCCACCUGCCGAAGACACUCCUGUGGACUUGUCACUCGCCCCAGAAGCUCUUCAAAUGUCUACCCUUCCAGACAUCCUCAUCAUCCCUUCAGAUCUCACACAGUUUGUGAAGGUUUUGAGUCUAGAGGGAAGAAAUGAAGGAGAAGAAGUGAAAUGCAUAUGUGUGAAUCCAGGAAGAUUAGCUAGAGGUGAAGGAAGUGGUCACUUUGUACAACUUAACUUCCAUGCCACUCCUGAUUCUUCUUCUGCUUCAGUCAUUCGUAUAUAAUACAUACCUUCUAAGUUAGAAAAUUACUGCCAGUUAGUCUCUAAAUUUACUGUAUUAUUACUAUGUAUGGUUUGAAUUC